CUGCCCGGAGCAGGCGGACACCUGCGGCCAGUGCGAGCGCGGCUGGCUGCUGGCCAGCCCGGACUGCGUGGACUCCUGCCCCGGGGACACCUCGGCCCAGGGCGGGCUGUGCAUCACCUGCCACGCCUCGUGCGCGGCGUGCUUCGGGCCCGGGCCCGGGCAGUGCGCGGCCUGCCUCGACCCCGCGCAUGUGCUGGCCAAUGGCACCUGCCAGGCCUCCUGCCCGGAGGGGUCCUUCGCCAGCGCCGGGGCCUGCCAGCCGUGUGCCCCCACCUGUGCCACCUGCGACGGGCCGUCGACGUCCGACUGCGCCACCUGCCCGGGGGACCGGCUCUUCCUGCAGGGCGCAUGCCUGGCCGAGUGCCCGCAGGCACACUACCACCAGCCGGCCGACCAGUCCGGCCACGAGUGCGCCCCCUGCGAUGCCUCCUGCCUGCAGUGCUCCGGGCCCGGCAGCGGCCAGUGCUCGGCCUGCCCGCCGGGCAGCCUCCUCCACCAGGGCACCUGUGUCCCCCUCUGCCCGGGGGGCUUCUUUGCCUGCCUCGCCGCGGGCCAGUGCGCGGCCUGCCCCGGGGGGUGUGCCACCUGCCAGGCGGCGCCCGGCCACCCGGGCGGCACCUGCCAGGCCGACUGCCUGACCUGCCUGCCGGGGGGCCUGCUCGCCGGGCACCAGUGCCUCGAGGCCUGCCCCCUGGGGACCUUCGCCCCGGCGGAGUCGGCCAUCUGCCAGCCCUGUGCCGCGCCCUGUGACACGUGCGCCGGCCGGGGCGACCACUGCACCAGCUGCCUGGAUGGCCUGCUGCUGCUGCCGGGGGCCGGGUCGUGCGCCGGGUCGUGCCCGGCCGGCACGGCUGCCAUCCUGGCCCCGGCCCGGGCGUGCCUCGCCUGCCCGGCCAACUGCGCCCAGUGCGAUGCCACCGCCAGCCAGCCCGGCUGCAGCGUCGCGGCCGACGGGUCGCUCACCUGCCCGGCCAUCCCGGCCUGCAGCCAGUGCGAUGCCUCCUUCCUCCUGCUGGCCGAGGCCACAUGCACUCGGGCCUGCCCGGCGGGGACCUUCGCCGAUUGGGCCGCCUCGCCGGCCGCCUGCGCCGCCUGCCAGGCCGGCUGCACCGAGUGCACCGGGCCCGCCAAGGAGGACUGCCUGCGCUCGGCCGGGCCCUCCUCGCGCGGGCUGGCCCUCGGCCUGGGCAUCGGCCUGGGCCUGCUGAUGCUGCUGCUGCUGCUGGUGGCGCUGCUG